CGGUUAACGCCAUGGAAAACAAAAUUAUGAAGGGCUAUGAACCAUUUUGAGCUCUUAAAUUUUAAAAUUUGUCUGUAAAAUCUGUCUCUCAGGCAUUGCGACGAUCGAGAUCAGCGGUGUAGGUUUAAUCAUCAUGGUCUAGAUGAUUUGUAAACGUUACAAGGAGUUUCAUUCAAGAAAUGAGCCUGCUUUACUUUCCCAGCUGGUUGAUCGUUGCGGCAUUCUUUCUGGUUACUUGUGUUUCCAAAGGGAUGAUUUUUGAUAUAAGACCAUCAGUGGAAGAGUAUCUUCCAAACUACGAUUUCUACCAUAAUCUUUCCAGGAUGAAUCAGUGUCUUCAUCAUGUUUCCUCGAAAUAUUCUGAAUUUUUGGACGUACAGAUGCGUUACCGUUCACGUAUGGGACUUACUCAGUUCGUUGUUCGAGUCUCGAACUUCUCUCUCGACUCUGUUUCUAAAAGCAAGUCAGACAACAGAUCCAGAAUUUUAUUUUCCUAUGGCGAACAUGCCGCCGAAUUCCUCCCCGUUCAAAGUAUGUUCCACUUAAUAGAAAAUAUAACUCAGGGUUAUGACUUACUACGAGAAACUCACGGAGCAAAGUUUACCCGAUAUUUGCUUAACAAUUUUGAUCUUUUCAUCUUGACCAUCGUGAAUCCAGAUGGUCGCACAAUCGUCGAAAGAACUAGAAACUAUUGUUGGAUGGGUACUGCAAACAGCGUUGAUCUGAACACCGAUCUGACAGCGAAUCUUCGACGCACCAGUAAAGGAACAUAUAGAAUUAUAGCGGCAGAACCAGAAUGUAGAGUUUUCAGAGAGUUGACCUCUAAACACAGUUUUGAUGCUUUCUUCUCAUUCCAUUCAGGAAGUAGACAAAUUCUUUAUCCAUUAUCAGAUGAAAAUUCCAAAGGUUCUGGUGUUGAUGUCCUCUACUUGGCAUCUCUCAUGUCCUCCUCUUUGAAGUCAGGCUUCAAGCUUGUUCCUGCAAAUACCUCUUUAUUUGAUGCGGGCAUUUUCACUUAUGCAAACCAAGAGAGGAAGAUUCCAUUUACAUACAAAAUUUCUCUGUGGGGAGGAAAAGAGAUGAAAUCUGAUAUUCCUGACAAAAACUGUUUUAGCACAUUUAAUCCACCUAGUGAGGAUCUAAAGGCUGAGUUAGAGGUUAUUCACCCACUAUAUCCAACCAUCUUUAAUUUUAUACAUAACUGGAAGCAAACACAGAUUUUGAUCAUGGCUCAACAACAGCGUUCUAAAACAGGUGGAGUGCCAUUUAGUGUUAGUUUUUUCAUCUUCAUCUUAGGAUGUGCUUGUGUUCUCUUGCUUUGUAACAUCCGAGUACCUUUCUCAUGGAAAAUAUACUACAGACGACAAAGACGUAUUGUCAGUUUAAGAUCUUUAGGAACAUUAUUUGCUGUUAUUUGUCCUUUAACAUAAAAGCAGCUGGAUUAAAUGUAUUAGAUUUUAAAUGGUGUAAAAAUAUGUUGGGGUACAAUUUUUUUAAGUUUAAAAAUUUUUCAAUCAUGAUCUGAAUUAACGAGAAAGAAAAAUUUAACCAGUUUGAAACAAGGAGAAAUUUGAACUGCAAAAAAUAAAUGUGGGUCAGAAGCAAAUGAUUUUACUACUUAAUAGGUUUAACAUGUACAACUGUUGACAUGGCUAAUGUCUUUGAUAUAAUGAGACAAAAAAUUCUGAAAUAUUUAUGUCUACAACUUAAAGAUAAUUAACAGUAAAGGUAAUUUUGUAAAAAGAAUCGAGGAAAGUUUUUCUUGAAAAAAAAUAUAAUUCAUUCAAUAGUUUUAUUAUUAUUUAAUGAGAUAUAUUUUAAUGACAGGGCAAGCUGUGAGAGUUACUUGCCCUAAAAUACCAAAAAAAUGACCCGAGGUCCUUGUGCAAACUUGAACUUCUCAAUGUAGAAUAUUUGUUAUGGCUGUCUUUUCUCCCUCUUUUCAUCAAAAUAGAUUUGCAAAAUCCUUUUUAGACUUAAUACUUUCUGCUGACUUGAUAAAAGACUGUACUGUUAAAGCUGAAAUUAAAAAUAUUUUGUAAAUUUUUGUGCAUAUGUACUCUUUGUUUGAGAUGUAUAAACCAAUAUGCUAAGAUGCACAUUUACUAGAUUCAGGCAUGUUGCUAGGAUUCCUAAGUGAUUCUAGACGAGGACUUAAAGAGGUUAAUGCUACUUGAGUGUGUAAUUUUUUUUUUACUGUUGGUACUUAACAGGUCUGAAAUAUAAAGUAAACAUCUGUUUUAUGUGCAAAGGUACCAUGAAGCCAAUACCUUGGGAUUAUACAUGAGAUGUGUGGAUAAUUCUGUAAAUUUUGAAGUCUUAUGUAAUUUGUGUAAUAAGCUCAAAUUAUGUUAUAUUUAAUGUUAAUUUUCUGCCAUGAGAAUCAGGGAUCAGAAAAUAAAUAUUUUUUUAAAGAUAAA